AUGAGCUUCCACCACAGCGCAGAGGACAUCCGGAUCGAUGACAACCACAUCUUGGUUGCUAGGCUGGCGGACGGCGACGGAGAAUUGCAAGAUGCGUCCAUCGAUCUUGACGAAUACAUUGGAAACAACGACGGCUCCUUCGAGUGGGAAGGUCAGAACUUCUCCGAGACCGCCGAGGACGUUGAAUUCGCGAUCGAAGGAGACGGCGAGGUGCCUGUGCUGCGGGCUACACUGAACAACGCGGAGGGAGAGCCGGUUACGGCCGAUAUCAACCUUGGCGAGCGCAUUGUAAACGACAAUGGUGCCUUUGUGUUCCAAUAG